CCCAAUGACAGCAUAAUCAAAACGCAUCGUUUGAGUCGUCGUUCGUUGUAUCUUACAGUGAAAAGUGGAGCCCUAAAACGCACACUGUUGAACUUGAACCCAAACACCAGUGGAAGUUGGUUACAACGAUGAAGGUGGUUGCACUUGUUAGCGGCGGCAAAGACAGCUGCUAUGCCAUGAUGAAGUCUAUUCACUAUGGCCACCAGAUUGUUGCAUUGGCGAAUUUGAUGCCGGUUGAUGAUUCCGUUGACGAGCUCGAUAGCUACAUGUACCAAACCGUUGGGCAUCAAAUUAUCACCAGCUAUGCUGAAUGUAUGGGAUUGCCAUUGUUCAGGAGGCGAAUACAAGGAUCCUCAAGGCAUCUGGAGCUUGGUUACAAAACAACUCAAGGUGAUGAAGUUGAAGAUAUGUAUAUUUUAUUACGUGAAGUGAAAAGGCAGAUACCCUCAGUUACUGCAGUGUGUUCUGGAGCCAUAGCAUCUGACUAUCAGAGACUACGGGUGGAAAGUGUAUGUUCAAGGUUAGGCCUUGUAUCUUUGGCAUACUUAUGGAAACAAGAUCAGUCCUUGCUCCUACAGGAAAUGAUUGCAAAUGGAAUAGAAGCUAUAACUGUGAAGGUAGCUGCCAUGGGUUUGGUUCCUGCAAAGCACUUGGGUAAAGAAAUAGCCAUAUUAAAUGCUUAUUUGCAUAAAUUGAAAGAGUCAUAUGGAAUCAAUGUUUGCGGUGAAGGAGGAGAAUAUGAAACAUUGACUCUUGAUUGCCCGCUCUUUAUUAAUGCUCGCAUUGUGCUUGAUGAAUAUCAAGUUGUGAUGCACUCUUCAGAUUCCAUAGCUCCUGUGGGGAUCCUUCAUCCCUUGGCAUUUCAUUUGGAAAAUAAGGAAGACAUUCAGUUUUUAAAUACACAAGACAAAAUACAUGAGAUUUGUGUGCAGAAAUUAGGGUCUGUACUUGAAGUGGAUGACGGUCAAGAAAAAUUUGAAGCCACAUGCAAGCCUGUUGGUUGCGCUGAUCCAAUUGAUGACAUAGAACAUAAAUUUAACAUUUCAAGAACUAAUAACAAAAGCACGUUCUCCAUAUGUUGCUGGUUGCAAGACUCCUGCAAUGAUUUGCAGGAAGAUUUAAAGAUUGUUUUGAGGAAAAUUGAAUCACAGCUAGCAAGCUUUGGUUUUGGCUGGGAGAAUGUUCUCUAUAUUCACCUUUACAUUGAUGACAUGAAUAAGUUCUCUGAGGCAAAUGAGACAUAUGUGAAAUUUAUUACACAGGAUAAGUGCCCAUUUGGUGUCCCAUCCCGCAGUACAGUUGAAAUGCCUCUAAUUGAAAUGGGCUUUAGUAGAGCAUACAUUGAAGUUUUGGUAGCUAAUAAUAAAGAUAAAAAGGUUUUGCAUGUGCAGAGUAUUUCCUGUUGGGCACCUAGUUGCAUUGGGCCAUACAGCCAGGCAACCUUGCACGAGGGUAUACUUCACAUGGCUGGUCAACUGGGCCUUGACCCUCCUACAAUGAAUCUUUGCAGUGGAGGCCCUGGGGUUGAACUGGAACAGGCACUGAAAAACAGUGAAGCAGUGGCAAAAUCUUUUAAUUGUUCAAUAUCGACAUCUGCUAUUGGUUUUGUUAUAUACUGUUCUAAAAAUACCUCAUCAUUGGAAAGACUUGAUAUCGAGAAGAAACAAGAAACAAUACUCAGACAGAUGAAGAUCUCUGAUUUAGAGGAAGGCAAAACAUACAAAACAAUAGAUCCCAUAUUUCUUUAUGUCCUUGUUUCUGAUCUACCUAAGAGAGCAUUUGUAGAAGUGAAGCCUAUUGUUUAUGUUGAGGAUGGUGCAGAUAUAGAAAUUGCGACAAUAACAGAAAGGUCUUCUUCAAAGACAUCAUGUUAUUGGGGUUUCAAGCAGGAAAGUUGGCAUGAUGAUUGCAUUCAGAAAUGUGUGAUUCCAGGAAAGAUAUGUGCCAUUAUAUUGUCGAUCACAAGUGAGCUGGCUGCAAAAAUAUGUUACAACUCUAUGCCAGCUGAUUACGGCAAUAAUAAUGCUCAACAUAUCAUACCUAAAGCACAGAUGGAACAGUUAUCAAAGUUCUGCAUUUAUCUUCUUGACAAAGUUAUAACAGAUAAUGACUUUGCCUGGGAAGAUGUAAUGAGUUUGAGGUUCUAUGUCCCAGUAAGCCUUCAAAUGUCAGUGGAGCUAUUACAGCCUAUGUUCAGCAAUGCACUCAUUGAACUAUCUGAAAUGAGUCAGAGGAAAGUUAAAAAUUUUGAGGAGCCAAUCUUCAACAUAGUUCCUGUCGUAGGUGCUGGGAGGGCUGCUUCAUCCAUGGAUGAUGUAGUGACCUGCGAAUUACUGGCUCGGAAAUCCUGAGUACACCAGCUGAUGUGCAAGGUUUUUCUUUUCCCCUUUUAUGUUUUCAAAUUUAGAUCAACCUUAUUUUUUUAAUUAAAAAAAAUUCAAAUAGGAUUCACUGAGAUAGGUUGGUGAUUAGGAUGGAAUUGGAUUCUACUCAUUUAGCGAUUUAAGUUCUGUUAUGAGGGUGGUGCUUGAAUAAGUUGGGCAGAGCAGACCAUGCAAUGAUCUUCCCCAAGGUUGAUAAAAUCUUGGAGUUACCUUUUAAUUUUAUGAAUUACAUAGAGUCUGUAAUAUUCAGAUGUGCGGAAAGUAGUACAAAGCAAGUGGUAAAUUUAUCAAAUUUCAGAGAUGUGUAUUUGUUCAAAAUGUAAUCUAUAUAGAUAUAGGAGUACUGUAAACCCAAACUGUUGGUUUUCUUUUUGGUUAAUCUUAUGUAUAAGAUGUUUUUCAUCCACUUUUGUUAUUGCACAUUUCAAUAUUCAA